CUUGUGACCCCAAAAGGUCCAUGCCAGUACAGAUAGCACAGAACCAAGCACGAAAGUCACAAACCCUAAAUACUACUAUAACAACCCAGGCAGCCCCCGCUGCUCUUUUCCAAAUAUUCGACCGACACCUUCGGAGUACUUUCCUCUCUACCUCAACUCUCUUUUCUCCCUUCUUGCAUGGACUGAGGGCUUUGCUUUUCUCAUAUUGUUAUUUUAUCGAAACAUAAGUACGUCACAAUUGAAGAAGAUGUCUCGCACGUGCUCGCAGUGCGGGAACAACGGCCACAACUCGCGGACGUGCACGGAGGCCAGCAGCGGAGAGAACGCGAUCAUGCUGUUCGGCGUGCGGGUCACGGAGCGCAACUCGUUCAGGAAGAGUGCCAGCAUGACCAAUCUCUCGCAAUACGAUCAGCCGCCUCAGGAUUCUAACCCUGACGCCGGGUACGCCUCCGACGACGUCGUUCACCAGUCCGGUCGCAGCCGCGAGCGCAAGAGAGGGGUGCCAUGGACGGAGGAGGAGCACAGGCUCUUCUUGCUGGGGUUGCAGAAGGUAGGGAAAGGAGAUUGGAGAGGGAUCUCUAGGAACUUUGUGAAAACAAGAACUCCAACUCAGGUGGCGAGCCACGCUCAGAAGUACUUUCUCCGCCGGACUAACCAGAAUCGGAGACGCCGGAGAUCUAGUCUCUUUGACAUCACCGCCGACACGUUUAUGGGUUCGUCAAUGGACGGGGAUCAACUACUAGUCAACCAAGAAACUGCGCCGGUACCGAAGCCACAGCCACGUCUUAGCCAUAGUCUCGGCGGAUUUCCGUCGUCAACGUUUCCCUUGACGCUUGCUCCUAUGGCGGUGCCACUUUCUGGUGAAAGCCCAGUGGAAAAUCUCUCAUUAGGUCCCAACAGUCAUAUCAGGAUGUCAAGCAAGCCCAUCAGGCCGAAACCGAUUCUUCCAGUCCCUCCAUCUUCGAAAAUGGCUGAGCUUAAUCUGAAUCAGACAAACCCCGCGGAGCUCCUGCCUUUGGCGCUGAAGCUCUCUCCAGCAUCGUCCGAUGAGCAGCCACCGCCGUCGACACGCCCGUCAGCUUUUCAGGCCAUGCCCGGCAACUUCAGUAGCGGUGGAGAUAGCAUUAUCAGUGUUGCUUGAAGAAUAUUAUUAUAUGUUAAAAGUCUGUGUAAAGGUUGCGGUUCAAAGUUUGGGAUUAGAUAUGAUAAGAUUUAAUUUAAUCAGGAUAAUAUUAGGUGAUUAGUUAUUAGUUCCUUGCUUGUACAAAUUUAGAGAAAUUUAGUGAAGCUGGGAUGUCGUUUUCUCUGUAGUGUGGAUUCUUGUUUAAUUUGUCUAGUUGCUUUUGGGGCGAGUUGAUAGAGCACCAGGUACCCUUCUGCUAUCUCGUACGCCUUGCUGGUUCGUUGGACUGUUGGAGCUUCAACUAGGAAAAAUAUCUGAACGUUGAAUAUUCUCUUUAUCUGAUAAUCCUAUUAAUUUAUUUUGUUGCUUUUUGGAUUUUA